UACUUGAUCGAUUGAGUGGAGUUAAUACAACCCGCUUCACAUUGCACAGUAGUCCAUGUGCUUUUGAAAAUAAUCGACGAUUUCGCGAAGGCGACUUGUGUAGAAGGACCAGAGUGAAGUAACUUGGCUUCGUUAGGUUUCAUAGUAUAUUUAUCAAAAUGGGUAAAAAGGCAAAGCCAAAAAUCAGUAAAACGAAGAGGAACAACCAAACGCGUACGAAGCUUUCCAGGCAGGGGAAAUUGAAAAGUCGUAGAAAUCGUAAACCCCAAAAACAGGUGCAAAAGCCACCUGAACUUGUGCAUCAGGUUGGCGAUGAAGAAGAAGAAGAAGAAAGUGACCAUGGUGAAGACAUGCUUCAAAUGGUAGAGAAAGACGAUUUAGAGUUUUUGAAAAAAGCAAUCACUAACAAGAGCUACAACAUGCUCAGACAAAUUCGAUUAAAUGAACCAGAAGUUAAGCCAAAGCAAAAGCGUAAAAAAUUAGAUGAGAAUGAUGACUUGGAAGAAAAGUAUGAAAAUGAAACAGAUAAUUCUGCCAUUACCAGUAGUCGUAUGCGAAUGCUUCUACCCAUUAAAUCUCGAGAUGGAUUAAUUGAACGUCAUGCAACAGUGAAUGAAGAAGAGACUUCUGCUGAACAAGAAGCAGAGGAUCAAGCAGAUAAUAAUCAGCUUCAAUUUGUAGAUGAAAAAGAUGCUAACGAUGCGGAACUGGACUUCGAAUAUAUCGAGGAAGCAAAUAUAGAUAUCAACAAGCCAGUGUCUACUGCAGAACUUUUAGCUUGUAGAGAAGAAGUACUUCAAUCACGUCGCUUCAAGAUUGGAAUUUUAUCAAGCAGCCUACUGGAAAAUCCUGAACUCAAAUCGGGGAAUUUCAAGGUGCUUUUAUCAUUGAUGGAAGAGAAUCAUCCAGAAGUUUACAUAACUGUCAGAAAAUUGGCUAUGGUUUCGUUGAUGGAAGUCUUUAAGGACCUCUUGCCAUCUUACAGUAUCAAGCAAAUCAACCAAGAUGGAGUUAAAUUGAAGAAGGAAACGUUGCAGUUACAAAAUUUUGAAUCAAUAUUAUUAAGAAGUUACAAGCAAUACUUACAAAAAAUUGAAAAAAUUGCUGGCAUGUUAAACCGAAAAAAAGGAGACACACGCCAUUUGCAAGAACAAGAAAUGAGAUUAGGAGAAAUCGCUAUCCACUGUAUGUGCGAGCUCUUGGUUGCUCAUCCAUACUUUAAUUUCUCUGUGAACAUUGCCAAUCUCUUGGUUCCAUUCAUGGAUUGUAAAUGGCCUAGCGUGCGAGAGAGGGUGGUCAAAUGUGUGACGCAGAUUUUCAAAGAAGACAAGCGUGGAGAUUUGUCCUUUGUGUUAGUCCGCAGGAUAAAUCAAUACAUCAAAAGUCGGGGACAUUCAGUGCGUGUAGAAAUGUUGACCGUCCUGUUAGCUCUUAAGAUCAGUGAAGUUAACCUGGAUAAAGACAAAGAAGAAGAAUUGAAACAGAAGAAGCUCCAAAUGAAAAAACAAAGACUGAUCUCCAUGAGCAAACGGGAAAGAAAAAGAAAGAAGAAACUCGAGCAAGUUGAAAAGGAGAUGAUGGAAACGAAAGCAGAAGAGAAUAAACAAAGCAAGCAAAGGGUGUUGACCGACAUAACUAGCAUAGUAUUCACUAUCUAUUUCAGGAUCCUAAAACAGAUGCCAAACCACAAAAUAUUGUCAGUAACUUUACAGGGAUUGGCCAAAUUUGCUCAUAGUAUAAAUUUGGAAUUUUAUCAAGAUUUAGUAAAUGUUUUGAAUCAGUUAAUGGAAGGUGAUACCCUUCGAUUGAAAGAUCAAUUAUAUUGCGUUCAAACAGUUUUCGCAAUAUUAUCUGGUCAAGGAGAAGCCUUAAAUAUUGAUCCUUCAAGAUUCUACACACACCUAUAUAAAAAUUUACUUUCCGUAAGUGCGGGUAAAAAUCACGCGGAUGUGCUGAUUAUUUUACAGACUUUAGUUAAUAUUUUGGUAAAAAGGCGUAAAAAAAUCUCUCAAAAUCGCCUCACUGCUUUUCUGAAACGAAUAAGCAUUUUAGCUCUUCAAUUGGAGCACAAUGGCACCUUGGGUGCAUUAAGUAUCAUUAAAACCGUAAUGCAACUCGGAAAGGCAGCUGACAUUCUGUUGGAUACGGAUUCAUCCAUAGGUGACGGAUUGUACGAUCCAGAGCUGAAUGAGCCUGAAUAUUGUAAUGCACAGCGUACCGCCUUGUGGGAACUCGUUCCCUUACAACGACACUAUCAUCCCAUGGUACAAAAAUUGUCAAAAAAUAUUGCCCGAGGAGUCCCUACUAACGGAGAAGGUAGUUUGGAAGCGGAUUUUGGAAAAUUAUCCCCAGAAGAACUUUUCUUGGACUAUGAUCCAACAGGGGUGGUGUUUAAACCUGCCAUUCCAGUUCCCAAGAAAGUUGCAGCGAUUAAAUUGUCUGGUCUCGAUCUUAUAGCAGCCCGCUACGAAGCACACCUUGAUAGCAUUUUUGAAAGCCUAAUAGAUCCUAAUGAAACGCCUGACUUUAGAAAAGCUAUAAAAUUUAAAAGAAUGAAAACCACGUGAUCUAAAGGAUUGUAUGAUAUUUUAUAAAUUCAGUAAAUAUACUGUCCACAGUUA